UGUCUCCCAUUAAUCAUGCUGCCUGCAUUUGAAGUCUUAAUUAAGGUGGAGAAUGCAAGUUGCAUUUUCCCAUCACCAAUUGUUCUUGGAAUUGGACAGAUGGCGGCUACCAUAAUGAUACUGUAUGUGUCCAAGCUAAAUAAAAUAAUUCACUUCCCUGAUUUUGACAAGAAAAUUCCUGUAAAGCUGUUUCCCCUGCCUCUCCUCUACGUUGGGAACCACAUCAGUGGAUUAUCAAGCACCAGCAAGUUAAGCCUGCCAAUGUUCACCGUGCUCAGGAAGUUUACCAUCCCGCUGACUUUACUCCUGGAAACCAUCAUACUCGGGAAACAGUAUCCCUUGAACAUCAUCAUCAGUGUCUUUGCCAUCGUUCUCGGCGCUUUCAUAGCAGCUGGUUCCGACCUGGCCUUUAACUUGGAAGGCUACGUGUUUGUGCUCCUGAAUGACAUCUUCACGGCAGCGAAUGGGGUCUACACGAAGCAGAAAAUGGACCCGCAGGAGCUGGGCAAGUACGGAGUGCUCUUCUACAACGCCUGCUUCAUGAUCGUCCCGACCCUCAUCCUCAGCGUCUCCACCGGGGACCUCCGGCAGGCUACUGAAUUCAACCAAUGGAAGAAUGUCCUAUUUAUCAUACAGUUUCUUCUUUCCUGUUUUUUGGGGUUCCUGCUGAUGUACUCCACCGUGCUGUGCAGCCACUACAACUCGGCGCUGACCACCGCCGUGGUGGGAGCCAUCAAGAACGUAUCCAUUGCCUACAUUGGGAUGUUAGUCGGUGGAGACUACGUUUUCUCUGUGUUAAACUUCAUAGGGUUAAAUAUUUGCAUGGCGGGGGGCCUGCGCUACUCUUUCUUAACCCUGAGCAGCCAGUUGAAGCCGAAACAGCCUGUGGACGAAGAAAACAUCCCCCCGGAUUUGAAGAGUUAGACUCGGGCAGCCUGGCGGCUAAGGGGUUGUUCUGACCUUGGACGUGGGCCUCCAUCUUGGUCAAAGCAAGAAAAGGAACAAGGAACGUCUGCAAAACGCAGAGAGAACCUACCUCGCGCGCUGCCAAGCGAGCCACGUGGCCGGAGAACUGCGUCCGGGCAAAGCCUCACCGGCCGAAAGGGGAUCGCGGAAUACGCCAGUGGGUAACCGGCUGCCCCGGGGCUGCAGGCGCCUGCGGAGGGGCAAGCGCUGGGGGGCGAUGGCUUUCUCGCCAGCACCUCCGCCUUCAUGGCCAAGGUCCCAGCCCAGGCAGUGACUGAGUGCUGUUCGGUUUGAACAGGCGCAUCUUUAUUUCCACAAAAUUACCCAAUUAACUGCCAGUACAGUCACCUGUUAGCUUUGAUUCCGUCUUACAUGUUGGUGUUUUCCCAAUCGUCAAAGUGAAAUAAACAAUAAUCCAUA